AUGUCUGUAUCCGACCUAGCCCAGGUUGUGGUUAGGGCCACCGAUAGGCGGAUCCCUCCUAAAGUGUUUAUUUCGUUGGUGUCGCAGAUCACCCGUCGUCGAUCGGUGCUGGACGCCGAGGUGGAAGCGUCAAUGCUCGAAAUCGCCAGUGAGGACGCCGACACUCAGGUGAAGCUUGUACUCGAAUGGGCCUUCAGUGAUGGCAACAGGCUCGCACAAAUUUUCCGAUGUUUACCGCAGAUCCCAUGGCUGUCUCAAACUCAUUAUCUUCGAGCACUUCCCAACAGCGUACCCCUGUCUGCCAAAUUCACCUUUCUCAAUGAAAUAUAUCCACAAUACUUGAAAGCAGUGGUGGACCGUCUACAAACGACAGCAAAUAUUUCAGAAACUGACAAAUUCUUGAUUACAUUGGUGUUCGUCACUGACAUCUUUUAUUCUAGAGAUGGAAUUGCACCGUCAGGGGACUUGGCGACAAAAUUGAGAGAUCUUGGCUACAAACUUGUGACCUACGCCGACAAGCAUGAUCUUCGUGAAGUGGCUACUAUGAUCAACCUGUUCCUACAUCGUCAGUUGGGAAAAUCCUCGUCUGCUGAUCCAUUUACACCUAACUCUCUGGGAUCGUCCCUGGUAACAAAGACGAGCAAGGGGUCACUGAUAUUCAAAAUGAGCCCUGAGCGUCAGUUACGGCGCUAUCGUUCUAGCAGCUUUUAUUGGUUUCUAAUCAAUAUGAAACAAGUACGAACAACCACCACUCCACAGGGGUUUCUCCAAGAGUACUUGAAUCAAUUCAUUGAUCCUCUGCGCCAUAAAGAUGGUACCUACAUUGCCUCCGAGCUUAUUAGGUCAAACUUCGUUGGCAUCCUGUUUUGCAUCCUCAAUAAUGAAAGCCGUUAUCUGAUAUUCAAUUGGAAAAAUUUCAUCACACUGAGACUCCCCAAAAUCUUGGCUUUACUAUCAGUCGACCUGUUGGAACCGAUUAUCAUACUGGUAUUCUCUCGAUUAGGUGAGCCAGCCCUGAGUGUAUUAGGUUCAAUGGUCAUUGGUAAAGCACGUCAAUAUGAUUUACGGCAAGCUUUUGUGAAGGGUUGUGUGUUAUCGAAGUUAUUGCUGAUCCAUCUGUUUCAAAAGAUAUUUCCUUUGGAAAAAAACCAGAGUCUAGUGUCUGAACUUGGGCAGACAAACGUUGACUUUGAUUUUAACGCCAAGUUCAAUGAGACUUUAUUGCAAACCAACCCGGAAUUCACUCUGCUUGAAGAGCUGGGUCUCUUUGAAUUCAUGGACUCAUUGGUUGUCCCAUUGGAAUUUCUGGUUUCUCGUCAACUCGAUUUCAGCAAUACUGUCCUUCGAGUAACUGACGAAUUGAUUGAGAAGAGAGACAACGCACGCUUAUUCCGGUUACUCGUACUGUUGUUUCACAACAUCAAUGUGCUCAAUUUGGUUGUAUACAAUGUUACCCCACGAGCAUUGAUCAAUAAGCUUAUUGAUUAUCUUGAUCGGGACUCUUUCAACUUCGAAGAUGAAGAGAACUUCCAGGAGCAUUACCUGUACUUUGGUGUCAUUCUUGUUGCAGUGAUUGCUAUGGUGGAAUUGUUUCAUUUGGAUAUGAGUCAUUUCGUUGUUAAGGGAUCAUUCGUGAUGGAUUACCUUAACAAUUUUUAUUUUCGACUUUGCGAUAAUAUGCUGGAUCGGAUUGCCGUCGCAAAACCGGACGAGGAUGACCAGAUCAUCUUGACAAACUAUAACCAGUUGUUCAAUAAUUGGGUGAACGCUCUUUUCGAUGAUAGUAAUGAUGGGUUGCUGGAUGAUCUCAUUAAAAGUAUACUGGUGAAACAAAUCUAUCAAUUGAUCCCAGUAUUGUAUCAACAAGCCAUCAUUGCUGGCCAUACUGGCCAACUAACUUUUGCGGUAUUAAACAAUGGCAUAGACUAUUUGUCACAAGGCUUUUUGAUACCCGCAACUGUAUCUAUUAUUAAUUGGUUGCUCAAGAUGAUAACGCUUGAUGGCAAUAAUGAUCUGUUAUACAUUGAUGUGCUCAACGCUCUUUUCCAAAGUAAUAUGCAAGAUGUUGACACACUGAAGCACAUAUUCAAGUUGGUUAUAACCGUUACCGGAUCUAACGUUUUGCAAACACUUAAGUUAGUGGCGGAUUGGGAGAAGCUGAAUAAGAUCAAGGAUCUAAUCAACUCAAUUACUCAGUAUCUCGAUUUGAGUUACAUUGACAACCAUCUCAGCUUUAAGCAGGAGAUUGAGACGGGGAGCAUUCUUGCUCAACAGUUUCGCAAUUUGAUGAUGUAUACGAUGAUUAAUGAUACUAUGAGUUUGGUGCCUUUGAAUAUCACAUUCAUUUGGACUUACCUCGAGACUAACAGUACUGCAAUUGUGGAAACUAUGGUUGAUGAAAUGGCAUUGUUUUUGAAAAACAACAGCGACGACUCGAAAACAUAUAUCAACGUUGGUAGCUACUUGUUGGUUGUGACUUCAGUAUAUCUGGUGGAAGAUAAAGAGCAUUGGCUUGAGGUGCUUCUGCUGCCUCCUCCCCGAAAAGCUGAUGCCGUGAAAAGCGAGAUUGAGUCUACUCAUGUAAAUAAGAGUAGAUUCUCACUUGAAAUGGAUCGACACUAUUCGCUGAUUUUCAACGAGAAGAAAACUGAUGAUGACAUGUUUGACAUGAUGGAAGAUGAUGGUUUGUUCAAUGAGCUGAAGAAGCGGAUUCCCACGCUGGAAUGUUUGACCAAACUACAGAAGCUUCGCCAACGCCAAGUUAAUGCGAUGGCUGCAAUUCAAGAGAUGCGGAUACAAGCACUGCCAGAUGAUGGAAACUUCAAGGCCUUGGGGUUGUUUGUGGAACGUGUGAUAGAUCAGUUGAACAAUUUCUACAUUUAG